UUGGGCCGAGCAGGCGCUGUCUGGACGCGAAGAUGGUGUCCGUGCUGCCGCGGGUGGAGAGGCUGUCGUCUCGGGUGAUUCGCGUGCUAGGCUGCAACCCGGGGCCCAUGACCCUGCAGGGCACCAAUACCUAUUUGGUGGGCACUGGGCCCAGAAGGAUCCUUAUUGAUACAGGGGAACCUGCUGUUCCUGAAUAUAUUGGCUGUUUGAAACAAGCACUCACAGAAUUCAGUGUCUCAAUCCAGGAAAUUUUGGUGACACACUGGCAUCAUGACCACACAGGAGGCAUACCUGAUAUCUGUAAAAACAUUCCAAGUGCUUCUGAAUAUUGCAUAAGCAAACUUCCCCGUAACCCACAUCAUGAAGAAGUAAUAGGAGGAAAAAAGCAAAAGUAUUCAUACCUGAAAGAUGGAGAUGUUGUCAAGACAGAGGGUGCUACUCUCAGAGUGUUGUAUACACCUGGACAUACAGAUGAUCACAUGGCUUUACAUCUCAUAGAAGAAAAUGCUAUCUUUUCUGGUGACUGUAUUUUAGGAGAAGGGACAGCAGUGUUUGAAGACCUUUAUGAUUAUAUGAAAUCACUGGAAAAGCUACUGGCAAUGAAAACUGAUUUAAUAUACCCUGGACAUGGUCCAGUAGUAAAUGAGGCACAAGCUAAAGUCCAAGAGUACAUUUCUCACAGAAAUGCACGUGAAAAGCAAAUCUUGAAUACCCUGCAACAGAAUACUGGGAAAUCUUUUCAAAUCGAAGAACUUGUGAAAAUUGUAUACAAGGACACGCCUGAGCACUUGCAUAAAGCAGCAGAAAUUAAUCUUACACAUCACUUGAAGAAACUAGAAAAAGAAGGAAAAGUGUUAUAUGACCUUUCUCCCAGUUUGAGGUGGAAAAGCAGUUUAUAAAUAUGAUGCACAAGCAGCAUGGUGAUGGUGUACACGUUUCUCUAUAUUGUGAAAUUUCAAAGCUCUGAAAUCACCUUGUUGGUAAAAAGUUAUAAAAAGUGCUUGAGUGCUUAAGU